UCGCUCUGUCUUUCUCACUGUUUCUGGGGCGUGGAAGUUCCUUUCUUCCUUGUUCUUUCCUUUUUUUUUUUUUUUCUUUUCUUUUCUUUUCUUUGUUUAUUGAGUUCUUGAAACGCAAACAUAAUAAACUCAUAGACAAACAAUUUUUUCGCACUAAUGUCCAUGUGUGAGGUAGAGGGGAGCGAGGGGGAAAGGAAUAAGUGGAGGAUAUAGAAUGAGUUAAUUUUCGUUUCAUUUCCUUUCCUCUUCUGUCCUAAUUUACUACUUCGUGGUAUUAUUGAGACGAGUCAUAGCUAGCAUAAGAGGGAGACUGGGGAACUACCAACCAUAUAUUUCUUCCCCCGGUGUUUUUUUUUAAGGCUAUUAUGUGUUCCUUCAGAUCCAGGGAAGCCGGAAAGCAAAAGGACUUCUUCCCCAUUAUCCCCUUUCUUGUGUCAAGUGAUAACGCCUCCAAAUCCCCAUCCCAUUUCCCCUCAUUUUUUCCACCCAAUUAAUUCCCUCCCUCAAAGACCGUGCGAGAUCUAAUCUGCUGCUUCUAGAGGGAGGCCGGAGUGAGCCUGCCAUUUCUAGACUACUACUCUACUCUGGGUGGGUUUCUUUCUCAUCCCUGACUAAUAUCUCUAUCUGGGUCGGUUGUCGGGGGUUUUUUUUGGGGGGGGGGCGAAACUCGUGAACCUGCGGCCGGUGAUCCUUGGAGAGUGAUGAAGAGGAGGCGGAGGGGAGCGAUAGUGAGAUGUUGUGCGACUUCUGAGGUCCACGAAGAGUGGUGCCGCUAGUGCUGCCGCUGCUGCUGCCAGCAUCGUUGCCUUUAUCCCGACGACAGCUGGAGGGGAGGAGCCGAUGGAGGAGAUGCCUCCAGCGGCUGCUUUGCCAUUCAGGACGGGCAAUUCGCUCCGCGAAAACCCGAUGGACGUCGCUCGCCUUCGGCUGAUAUCAGACGCUGCGACCCUGCUGCUCUCCGAUCCGAUGGCUGCUGAUAUUGACCAUGUGCCCGCCGCCAAGCAAGAGGAGGAGGUGGUGAGAGGGGAUGGUGAUGAGCUCGAGGUUGGGACGAUCCCAUCCGUUGGGAGUGAUGAAGAGGAUUCGAUGUCUGUUGGGGCGGAGCCAUCUGUUGGGAGCUCGAUCGGCGAUAGCAGCAGCAUCGCCAGUGCCGCCGACGAGUUGCCGAGUCUAGACCCGUCUGCCGAGGGCUCGGUGGAUGCCGCCCUCAGUGUGGACAUUGCGGCCGGGCCUUCUUUCACUGUGGCGGGGCCGCCGGCUGUUGCUGAGCCGGCAGCGGGUCGGGGAGGCGGUGGUGGGCGGAGUGUAUUCUUGACAAAUUAUGUGCCGCUCUGGGGCUGCGUAUCCAUCUGUGGGCGGAGGCCGGAGAUGGAAGACGCUGUGGUGGCGGUGCCUUGGUUCUUCGAGAUCCCGCUCCGGAUGCUGACCAGUGAUGAUGCUGUGGAUGGGCUGGAUCCAAGUUUGAUUAGCUUGCCCGCCCAUUUCUUCGGAGUCUAUGAUGGCCAUGGUGGUGCCCAGGUUGCUAACUAUUGUCGUGAUCGAGUUCAUCUCGCCUUGGUAGAGGAGCUGAGAAAUGUAACUGAAGGUUUGGGAGGAGAGAGCGGGGAUGCUUGGAAGAGGCAGUGGGAGAGAGUGUUCGUUGAUUGCUUUCAGAAAGUUGAUGAUGAGGUCGGAGGCAAAGUAAGAAGAGGGAAUGUGGGAGGUGCAGCUGAUGCAUCGGAGGAUGGCGGCAAUCUUUGUUCAGGUGCGCCAUUAGAACCUGCUGCCCCCGAAACAGUCGGAUCAACAGCUGUAGUUGCUGUUAUCUGUUCUUCACAUAUCAUCAUUGCAAAUUGUGGGGAUUCCAGGGCGGUCCUUUGUCGUGGCAAACAGGCUGUGCCACUAUCGGUGGAUCAUAAACCGAACAGAGAAGAUGAGUACGCAAGGAUCGAAGCAGAGGGAGGCAAGGUCAUACAAUGGAAUGGAUACCGCGUAUUUGGUGUUCUUGCUAUGUCAAGAUCAAUUGGGGACCAAUACUUGAAGCCAUGGAUUAUUCCAGUACCAGAAGUCACAAUCGUUCCGCGAACAAAAGAAGAUGAUUGCCUUAUUCUAGCCAGUGACGGCUUAUGGGAUGUCAUGUCAAAUGAAGAGGUUUGUGAGGUAGCCCGCAAGCGGAUCCUACACUGGCACAAAAAGAAUGGUGUCACAUUAUCUCCCACACAAAGAGGUGAAGAAGCUGAUCCUGCAGCUCAAGCAGCUGCGGACUGCCUGUCAAAGCAUGCUCUCCAGAAGGGAAGCAAAGACAACAUCACCGCCGUUGUGGUGGACCUAAAAGCACAGAGGAAGUUCAAGACCAAAACGUAACUGGGUAGGCUCGACUCCAUUUGAUCAACUGGGUCAGAGAACCACAUGAUAUGGGACUUAAAUCCAGCCAGAAAAUUACUGCCUCAAAUGCUAGACCAGGCCCAUCUGUUUUUCUCAUUUGGGCUGUUAAGGGCUGUACCAUGUAUUUGUUAUAGAAUCUUUACAAUCUAGAGUAUAUAAUUCUGAUCGAGGUGGCCAUAAUCUUGUAAUUUCUUUUUUCUACAUCUUGGCUGCAUCCUGGCAAUGUAAAUUUUAGUACCGUAGGCAAAGAAAUGGUGGUAAGAGGUAUUCUAUACUACCCUCAAGACAUUAUGUUUAUCUACUUUGUUGUAUUUCCUUCCAUAUCUCCGAGUGCAAUACUCUAUGAUGUUCUUCUCA